AAAUCUUAAAACAGAAAUUGAUCUGUGCUAUGCUAGUUUUUCUGUUAUAUUCGUAUGUUUUAAUGAUAUUUUGUUUUCUAGAGUGUUAAGUUGCUAAAAAAAAAAAAGUGUUAAGUUACUUUUUGAGAACUUGUUUUUUUCUGCCAACUUGUUUUUGGUACUUUUUACCAAAAUCUCGUUUGAUAAGUAACUUUAUUGAUAUAACCUGGCAAUUUUUAUUUGUUUCUUGUAAAAUGAGUAGGAUUCCACCGUGUUUUGUAUUAUUGUGCCAAUUUGCAAUAUUUAAAUCUUAUUUCGGCAUGUAGAGUUUUUUUUUAUUAUUCCGAAAAUAAUCGUGUGCUUGUAAUGGUGAAUCAUGUGCUUGUAAUGGUGAAUCGUGUGCUUCACAGGUUAUGUAAUUGUGAAUGUGUGUGUUGUUUAUGAUCGUAAUAUCAUGUGGUCUCGACUCGAGUGAAACUAAUAAUAAUUUUUUAAAGCAUUGCUCAUGCGAGUUUCAUGGAGAAGUGUGAGGCCUUUUAUGAUUUUGGGAAUUGCGAAAAUUGAUUGAUACCUUUUGGGAUCAAACAUCAAUAUCUCUGCACAAGUUUUGAUGAAUCUUGUAGUAAUUGUUUUGGCAUUUAAUUGCAUAAUAUGAGAAUGAGGCAUAGGGUGGUCCAUUUUUGUUACUUUUUAAUAGAAGAACCAUUAUAACAAGAAUAUUACGAAUUUAGGAUUAUAAUAGCCAUACAGAUACAGGCCUUCAAAAAGACAGAACAUAUCUCAAACACACACGAUCACGAGAGGGAGAGAGAGACACUAAAACUCGACUCUAACCAGACGUAGCACAUUAUACUGACAUUCAAUUUGGCCCAUGACUGUCUCAAUUUGGGCUACAAUCAGGCAGCCCAUUAAUAACACACGAAUAAAAUCCCAGCUUUUCAAAAUUGUGAUAGAAGCAAAGCAACAAUCACAUAGAUGAAACCUCUCUUACCAGACAACAAAAGACUUCAUAAAUCAUCUGUGAAAAUCACUUUUCCAGAGUAAAUUAGCCUCUGGUGUCUAUCGUAUCGUUGUGCUUGUGCGUAAAGAUUAAUCAUAUCUGAUAUCUCUAAGAAUUGACAAUUUGAUCCUAUUAACUCCUAAUUUAGCAAACUUCUACAAUAUCUUACUAAAGAUUAUCACAUGACCCCUAAUUUACACUUUCUCUCUCACAAUUUUUUACAAACAGCCCAAAUAUGGAACCUAAGAUUGACUUUCUUUAUCUCUCUCUCCUCUCUCUGCUUCAAAGGUUAAUAAAAACAUGGAAAAAAAAGAGAUUGGAAGCAAUGGCCAAUACCUUGUCCAUACCAUUCGGAGAUUUGCCACCAAACGAAUAACAAUCUAAUGAUCUAUCCAAUGGAGAAUCGUCCACUCCUUAGGGGGCUAAUCAAGAAUUCGAUUUUCCAAUUUCAUUGCUCUUUCAAUUCUCCUCAUUUCAUCAAAUGUGACUGAAUUUUAAAAAUAUACAUUGAUUGUGUUCACAAACAAUGUCGAUGUUUCCUUCUUUCCAGUUGCUAGAGCUCAACAUAAUCUCUGCUCAAGAUCUAGCUCCUGUCUCACGUAAAAUGAAGACCUACGCGGUGGCUUGGGUUCACUCCGAACGCAAACUCACCACUCGCGUAGAUUACACCGGUGGUGCAAACCCAACAUGGAACGACAAGUUCGUCUUCCGAGUCAGCGAAGAUUUCCUCUAUGCCGAUACUUCAGCCGUCGUGGUUGAAAUCUACGCCUUACAUUGGUUCCGUGAUGUUCACGUUGGCACAAUCCGUGUUCUCAUCAGCAACCUAAUCCCUCCAAAUCGUCGACCUGGAUACAGAAGCAAUGACGAGUAUCGUCGUACACCACCUCCAGGAAUGCGAUUCGUUGCGCUUCAAGUUCGCCGACCAUCAGGUCGUCCUCAAGGGAUAUUAAACAUCGGUGUGGGAAUACUUGACGGAUCAAUGCGUAGUAUGCCACUUUACACCAAUAUGGACUCAUCUGCAGUUGGUUACAGAGAUUUGCUUGGGGAAGAAGAUCCAAAUUUGCAGAAUUUGCAUCUUAAUAGUUUCAAAGGAAGCUCAAAGAAUCCACAAUCACCAUCUUCUAAACAGUACCAAUCCGUAGUCUCGAGACCGCCGGUGCUCCGUCGUACAAGGAGCGAUACAAGUUCAAUGGUCGUUUCCGAUCUUCUAAGCAGAGCUGAGCGAAGCCGUGUAGCUAACAGGAAGCCAGCGAGCGCGUUGAUGAGCACCGAAUCGGAAACUGUACCUACAACGUCGGGACACGAUUCGGUGACGUCAGAUUCCGAGCUGACGAAAUCGAUCGAUUAUGGACUUCCUUACCAAUCCCCAAAGAUUCCAAGUCAGAGAUACGAUUCGUACGAGCCUGAUUACGUAGAUCGAUCACCAAACCACAAUGUGUUGCGACACGAACCUGAUUUCAUAGAUCAGUCGCCUUAUCGAUCGUACGAUCGUUCACGCAAAACUCCGAGAAGAUCAACACCGAUGAUCGAGAAACCAAGACCGCCGAGAGAUUAUGACCGUAGCAGUAGCCGCGCUUCACCGUAUUUGUCAAGACACGGAACGCCGUUGAGAUCAAACAUCGUCGCGUCUACUCCGAUUAGAUCUAACAUGGUUGCAUCAAGUCCGAUGAGAUCCACCGGCGUUGGAUCAACUCCGAGAAGAUCUAACCUCCUCGGUUCGACUCCGUUACGUUCCAACAUCGUUGGAUCAACUCCGAUUCGAUCUAACUACAUGGCUACACCGAUGAAAUCGCCUUUACAAUUCGGUACUCCGAUGAGAUCUAAUUUAGCAGGACGACCGAUUUUAACCGAAUCCGAAUUAGGUCCGUCGCCAUCGGAAGUAGCGCAGAAAAUGGCGAAAGAGAGAUCACAAGCUAACGAAACAGAGAGUUCGAUUCUUAGUGAAUGGAGCUUAGACGAUGACAGUAACAUCGAAGGUCUCCGAUCGAAACUCGAGCGAUGGCGAACGGAGCUUCCGCCGCUUUACGAUCUGGGAUCGAGCCAUCAAAGCAGCGAUGUAGGAAGCGGCGCGAUUGUUGUUGCUAAUGUAGGUGGAGGAAAAAGCUCGAGGAAGAAAACUCCGGUGGUGAAGAAGAAGCAUAAUCGCCGUCACACUGAAGGAGGUAACGGACUUUUCUCGUGUUUUAGUAAUUUGUGCGGCGUGGAAUGCACAUUCGUGUGUGGAGGCGGGUCGGAUCAAGACGGGUCAAAAAAGAAAGGUGGCUCUGGGCGUUUGCCCCGCUUGGGUUCUGCUGAUGAUUUGAGUUAUUUAUGAUUACUUUUAAUUUUUUAUAUUUUCAAUUUUAGACU